GGCGGGUGUCGGGCUCGCGCUGUGGCCACGCGGCGGGUCGUCGAGCAUCUCGUUCCUCAGCGGCCCCGAUUUAAUAGCUCUGCACGAUGAUUUCAACAUCACACAAGCAUAGGAAUUUUGUGUCUGAACCAAUGGGAAACAAAUCAGUUUCUGCCCUGGCUGGAAUUGGAACAACUCUUGGAAGAAAACUAGAAGAACAAGGUUUUGAUAAGGCUUAUGUGGUGCUAGGCCAGUUCCUUGUCCUGAGAAAGGAUGAUGAAUUGUUUAAAGAUUGGUUGAAGGACAUUUGUGGAGCCAACAGCAAACAAGCUGGACAGUGCAGCUUCUGUUUACAGGAAUGGUGCAAUGCCUUCCUAUAGUCAAUA